GGGGUCCGGGAGGGGUCGCCUUGUUCCUCCGGAAGGCUUCCCCUUCAGCCAAUCACCGUUCGAGGUCCGCCCCCCGUCCCCGGAAGGAGCCGUCGCCCCGAGCAACUACAACGUCCGGCUUUCUGAGUUGGGUGGCGGGAAAGGCGAUGAGUAAAUGCCGGGCAGAAGCUGCGGCGGGAGCCGCCGGGAUCCUCCUGAGGUACCUGCAGGAGCAGAACCGGCCCUACAGCGCCCAGGAUGUGUUCGGGAACCUGCAGCGGGAACACGGACUGGGCAAGGCGGUGGUGGUGAAGACGCUGGAGCAGCUGGCACAACAAGGCAAGAUCAAAGAGAAGAUGUACGGCAAGCAGAAAAUCUAUUUUGCGGAUCAGGUGAGGAGAACCUGCGCCAAUUGUCACCUAUGAGAGCCCGACAACGGGUGAAUCUACUCCUAGUGUGAACUCUUUUGGGGAGAGGCCCCCCAUGGAAAACUCGCCUGUCUUAGGCCACCAUCCUUAAAUCAAGGACCAGUUUGACAUGGUGAGUGAUGCUGACCUUCAAGGCCUAGAUGGCAAAAUCGUGACCCUCACUGCUAAGGUGCAGAGCUUGCAGCAGAGCUGCCGCUACAUGGAGGCUGAGCUCAAGGAAUUAUCUAGUGCCCUGACCACACCAGAGAUGCAGAAAGAAAUCCAGGAGUUAAAGAAGGAAUGUGCUGGCUACAGCGAGAGAUUGAAGAACAUUAAAGCAGCUACCAAUCAUGUGACUCCAGAAGAGAAAGAGCAGGUAUACAGAGAGAGGCAGAAGUACUGUAAGGAGUGGAGGAAGAGGAAGAGGAUGGCUACAGAGCUGUCUGAUGCAAUACUUGAAGGAUACCCCAAGAGCAAGAAGCAGUUCUUUGAGGAAGUUGGGAUAGAGACGGAUGAAGAUUACAAUGUCACACUCCCAGACCCCUGAGGGGCCCACAGUCGGGAGUUGUGGGGACUGCAGGAUGUCAGAAGAGUGAGACGUCCUGGACUGGCUACCUUGUUUUUGGUUGGCUUUUGUUGUUGUUCCUGCUGCUUUUCACCUUUAAGCAAAGCAGUCAGGAGACGGGCAUAAACCAGAGCACUGGGUGGAGGAUGAGGGCUGGUGGCUGGGGUAGACCCAGCCCAUUUCAUUGUCUAAAUUGCAGUAGCUUGAGGUUAACAUUUAGACUUGAACAAUGCUAAAGGAAAGCAUUUGGCAACAUUUAUUGUAAUUUAAUUUGAUAUAAAAAUAUUUAAUUUCCUCUGGAUAGUCAAAUCUGCCAGAUACCAAACCUGAGGAAGGCAGAAGUGAACCUGGAGAACUAAGGCAGAGCGAGGUUGCUAUAAAACGAGCAUUUGGAGGGCCCACAGCUUCACUCAGGACUUACUGGGCUUGUGUACCCCAGGAGACCUUUCGAGUAUCUUUUGUACUCUUUCACCCCACCCCCAAGUCCUAGGAGAAACGCAGGCAACACUGAGACAUGGGAGAGGCCAAGAUAUGCUAGACAGAAAGGCUGGGGGUGAUUUUGAGGCCCACUUAAUAUUUCAAAAUUGUAACCGUAGCAAAAUUCCAUUGGUAUUUAGAAAAAUAAAAAAUUUCCAGUAUGUA